GCUUGACUGUAAGUGUGUGCACAAGUACAUGAUCACCGGACCUGUCCGUCCCACAACAGUAGCGCGUUUUAUUCACUCCUCAUAGUUUAUUCAAGACUUACCAGCGCGUGUCAACCGAUCAUGUCUAAAGACACGGAGGCGAAGAGCGAGGAGAUUAUGGAGUCGAAGGUUCUCUGGUACCCGGACUCGAAACACAACACACUGAUGGACCGAUUCCGGAGUCAGGUGAACCGGGACUUUGGGCUUGAUCUGGCUAAUUAUAAUGACCUGUAUCAGUGGUCCGUGGAAAGUUACCCGGAGUUCUGGGCGGAGGUGUGGGAAUUUUGUGGCAUUACAUAUUCAAACAUGUAUGAAGAGGUGGUUGAUGUGUCUAAAAGGAUAUCAGAUGUACCUGAAUGGUUUAAAGGCAGCAGAUUGAAUUAUGCAGAGAACCUGCUCAAACACAAAGACCAGGACAAAGUGGCUCUCUAUGCAACAACCGAAGCGAAUGAGGAGAUUGUCAAGGUGACGUUCAGAGAGCUGAGGCGUGACGUCGCACUCUUUGCUGCUGCCAUGAGAAAGAUGGGCAUCAAAACAGGAGACAGGGUCGUAGGAUAUCUUCCCAAUGGGAUCCAUGCUGUUGAGGCCAUGCUUGCUGCAGCCAGCAUAGGAGCCAUCUGGAGUUCAACCUCUCCAGAUUUUGGUGUCAAUGGGGUGUUGGACAGGUUUUCUCAGAUUCAGCCCAAGUUGAUAUUCUCAGUAGCAGCUGUUGUGUAUAACGGCAAGCAGCACGACCAUAUGGAGAAACUGCAGAAUGUUGUAAAAGGUCUCCCUGACCUGAAAAAGGUUGUGGUCAUACCAUACGCUCGCUCUCGAGAAGAGACAGACAUCUCCAAGAUUCUCAACAGUGUGUUCCUGGAGGACUUUUUGGCCACAGGUAAAGAAGGGGAUCAGGACCCUCAACUAGAGUUUGAGCAGCUGCCCUUCUCUCACCCUCUCUUCAUCAUGUACUCCUCUGGCACAACUGGAGCUCCCAAGUGCAUGGUGCACUCUGCUGGGGGCACUCUUAUUCAGCAUCUUAAAGAACACAUUCUCCAUGGCAACAUGACCUACAAUGAUGUCAUCAUUUAUUAUACUACGACGGGCUGGAUGAUGUGGAACUGGCUAGUGUCCUCUUUAGCUGUCGGGGCAUCCGUGGUGCUCUACGAUGGGUCUCCUCUCGUUCCGAGUGCUAAUGUGCUCUGGGACCUAGUAGACCGACUUGGAAUCACAAUUUUUGGGACCGGAGCAAAAUGGCUGGCUGUGUUGGAGGAGAGAAAUCUGAAACCAGAAAACACGCACAACCUUCAGACCCUGCACACUCUCCUGUCCACUGGCUCUCCACUGAAGCCUCAGAGUUAUGAGUAUGUGUACCGCUGCAUAAAGAGCAAUGUGCUGCUGGGAUCCAUAUCAGGUGGCACAGACAUCAUUUCAUGCUUCAUGGGACAGAACAUGACAGUGCCCGUUUACAGAGGAGAAAUCCAGGCAAGGAAUUUGGCCAUGGCCGUGGAGUCCUGGAGCUGUGAAGGUAAGCCUGUGUGGGGGGAGAGUGGGGAGCUUGUUUGUUUGAAGCCCAUCCCAUGCCAACCCACUCAUUUCUGGAAUGACGAGAAUGGCAGCAAAUACCAUAAAGCCUACUUUUCCACUUUCCCAGGAGUCUGGGCCCAUGGUGAUUACUGUAAGAUAAACCCAAAUACAGGAGGAGUUGUGAUGCUGGGGAGAAGUGAUGGAACCUUGAAUCCUAAUGGUGUUCGAUUUGGGAGCUCAGAAAUAUAUAACAUUGUGGAAGCAUUUGAGGAAGUAUCCGACAGCCUUUGUGUCCCUCAGUACAACAGUGACGGAGAAGAGAGGGUGAUUCUGUUCCUGAAGAUGGGACCCAAUAAGACCUUCAGUCAAGAGCUAGUUGGGAAGAUCCGUAGUGCUAUCAGAGUAGCUCUCUCUGCACGACACAUACCCUCCUUGAUACUGGAAACCAAAGACAUCCCAUACACUAUCAGUGGUAAAAAAGUGGAGGUUGCAGUUAAGCAAGUUAUUGCAGGUAAAGAGGUGACUCAGCGAGGGGCUUUCUCAAACCCGGACUCCUUGGAUCUCUUCAAGAAUCUACCCGAGCUCCAGAACUUCUGAAAACCUGCAUGAGGUACAAAACAUCUGAACUCCUGACCCAAGGUCCAGAAUUUCCAAACCCCCUUCAUUGGGUUCAGUUUCAAUGGAUGUCUGUUGAAACUUUGGACCAUCUGCAGGAAUUAUAGAGCUUUCAAACAUCUCAUCUCCCUGAGUUUUCUGAACCUGGUGUGGCAUUCAUUCAAACUCCCAAAUCUCUCAUACUCAGUUGCUGAACUGGUGGAGUCUGUACAUAUAAUACUUCCUGAAUUACUGAAGUGUAACUUAGUUCCUCUUGCGUAGAAAACUGAGAAUGCCAUUUUAUGAGAUUUCGGAGGUAUUACAUCUCAAAGGGACAUUUUAUCUGCUUCUGUUAUUGCAUCCACCAAACAUUCUUCCCAAGCAAUGUACCAAACUCUAACAAUGUUUUUUCCUAAAUCUGUUUUUCCCCUUCUACCAUGUCAUUCCUAUAAUUUACCUUAUAUAUGAUAUGUUGCAUCAUCACUUUAACCUUAAUGAAGGCUUUGUAAAAUCUAGCCAUUAAUCUUUUGAGGCUUUAAAAUGACACUACGUAUGCUCAUCUUCACAAGUCAAAUACACUGAUAAGUUACUGAAUGUUGUUAUCUUUGAAGAAGAGGUUAUUGUUCAUUAAAUCAGAUUUUUUUGAAUAAUGAAAGAGGCAAAUAUUGACUUCUCUGAACUGUUUGCACAAUCAGCUAGCAUUGUGAGACAUUGUAUUUGCCCAGCUGGUACACUUUCCUUAUUUACAAAUAGUUAUGUUAAUUAAUCUAAAUUAUGUAUAUUUUUCUUUUUCCCCCUAAAGUUUGAUAUUCUGUUUAGAACUACACUGUUUAUAAGAUUUGUAACUAUAUUUCAUUAGUAAAUGUUAAUUUCACUUGAUCAGCUGUUGGAAAUAUUAUACUAUUCAGAGCACUAUUGAGAUUCCAUUAAAACCAAUGUAGCUCACUUGCUACAAAAGGUUUACAUAUAUUUUUACAUAUACAGUACUGUGCAAAAGUUUUAGACGCUUGCUUAGUGACAAUUUUGCAUAGUGAGAAUGUCUUCAAUGCCAUAAAUAGUUUUCAUUUAUCAAUUAACAUCAUACAAAGUUCAGUAAACAUAAAAAGCUAAAUCAAUAUUUGGUGUGGCCACCUUUACCUUUAAAACAGCCCUAAAUUCUCCUAGUUACACCUGGACACAGUUUUUCUUGGUUGUUGGCAGAUUGGAUGUUCCAAUCUUCUUGGAGAAUUUACAACAGUUCUUCUAUCUAUUUAGGCGGUCUCAAUUGCUUCUGUCUCUUCAUGUAAUCCCAGACAGACACAAUGUUCAGUGGGGGGCUCAGUGUGGUCAUGACUUCUGUUGCAGAGUGCCCUGUUCUUCUAUUCUAAUAUUUUCUAUUAGCAAAAGUAAUGUUUGGUAGUCUAAAAUGUAUUUUUUCUAUUGACACACUAAAGCUGAAAAUAUAAAUAACCAUCUUAAGACAAAUGUUUUUGUGAAACAUUUUAAGUGCCUAAUACACACCGCACAUACAUAUAUGAAGAAGCUACAUUUGUUUGUUGUCUGAAAAUCAGCAUGAUUGUAUCUUGAUAAUCUCAAAAGGUAAUUGUGCUAUCCAAAAUUAUUUGCAUCAAAAGUAAAGGGAACAUUUCUGGACUGUCCCAGUAUCUAAGACUUGAUCUACCAGAAUGGAUGUUUUAUUACAUUUUUUUCAUUUAUGUAAUGCAAUGCAUUUAAACUUGUUUUCAAGCAUACAACAAGACCACAUAUCCACACAUACACAGAAACAUACUGUUGCGAGGCACCUUGCAGAAAAGAUAAGAUGAUAUGCUGCAUUUAGUCACAACAAAAAACAGAAAGUUUGUCAUUUUAAUCAUUUUAAAACCGUUUUGUGCAGGUAAUGUUUUUCAGCAGUUGUUUACAACGGAGGAGUCCUACAGGCUAGUAUUAGAUGUACAUUUAGAGUUUGGAUGGAUCCUAUUUCUUUUGGUCCAUGUUUGGGCUAUCGUCUUGUUUUUGGAAUUGUGUGUAUUUUUUAUUUAACAUGGUCUGAAUGGUUAAUGAAAUGAAAUGCAAUCUGGGUUUGUUGCAUGUUGGGGGAAAAAUGUACCUAUGAUGAAAUCAACUUGACAUUAGUGAGGAUUCCAUACUUUGUGUCCUAACAGAAACUUCUGUCUGUCUGUAAUAAUGACUACUUUUUCAAACUGAAAAUCACUUGGUAUUGUGGUACAGAUGGUAAGUAAUCGCACAGGCCGCUUUAAUUAAAUUAGUUCUUAUUUCCGUUCAGAUUGGCAGGGAUGGAUCUGUUUCACCUCAUGCCCACCCUUGUGCCACCAUAUGCCCCUCUCUGCUCAGUUUUGCUGACAAGACUUGUCUGGGACUAGAAAAAGCUUCCAAAUCAACAUAACCUCUAUUGACAUUGCACUACAAAUUAUUUCUUUUCCAUAUUCCAAGCAAUUGAACAUUCCUUGGAGAUCUAUUCCAUUUUAUUUUGUUACAUUUUUGAUACAUGGAAAUACUGGACAUAAUUUUUAGCCAUGAGGUUUUGUUUAGGUUAAUAUUGUAUUACAUGAAGUGUGUUUGAUGUACUACUAGUAAAUGCGAGAUGCUCGCUUCUCAAUGGUUUAUGUAAUAUUCCUGCUAUGAAAUAUUAUUGCACAUUGCUGAAUGUGAGUAAUGAUUACUUAUACAGUUUGAGGAUAUAUUUGUUAUAAAUAUUUUAUGCCUAUAUAUCAAUGGACAGCUUCAGGAACAUACCAUAUUACAUGUAUAAAAAUGCCUAUUGUACUUAUAAUUAAA